AUGGUUUCCAGUCUGCGCCCCCUCCUCACCUGUGCCCUACCGGGGCUCUUGGUGCUGCUGGCUGGCUGGUGGUAUUCCUGCAGGAAGAGAUCCAAGUCCCAUCAGGACAGGGACAUGAAGGAGUUCCAGCCUGGGGAGGGAGGAGGAGUCAACUCCCUCAGGCAGCCUGAUGAGGAUUUUUCCAUGCUGGAGUCCAUUCAAGGCUCAUCCAAAGUUCUGAAGAGACCAGAACCGGAAGGCCAGGUGACACCGGGAUGGAAAUCUGGCUCUUCUGCGGAGGGCUCUUGGAUUGAACUUGGACCAGGCAACUUUGUUCUGCAGCAGUCAGAGCAGCAACAUCUUUGUCUUGAGGUGGUGCCCCCAUCAGGCCACCCGGGGAACUUCGAGCCAGGUGAAGGUGUAUGUUGUACCAGUGAGGGGCCUCUGGUCCACAGUCGUGAAGGAGAUGCAGCAGGAGGUGAUACGCAGGACGUGCAAGAACAGGACCAGGAGAGGGGUGGUAGCAGGAAAUCGGGUAUGACACUACCUGCCCCCGUGGAGGUGGUCAGGGAGAUGGAGAACGAGACCCAGUGGUGCUGGCAGCAGAAGCAACUGUCUCAGGACCUAGUCCCAGGACUGAGGGGGUGUGUGGCUGGGGCCCCAUGCUGUCUCCAGCAGUGCCUGAAAAGUGCCCCAUGGUGGGGCAGGAUUCAGGCAGCAGUCCCCCUGUGUUCCCGCCCAGCCCCCCGAGACACAGACCUGGUAGAGUGGGAGGUGGCAGUGCCCAGGCAUCUCGUUGGCCGCCUGAUCGGGCAAAAAGGUCGAGCCGUCAGCUUCCUGAAACGGCGCUCUGGGGCAAAAAUCUAUGUGUUCCGAACUUCUCCAAGUCGGGAUGUUCAGAUCUGCCAUAUCGAAGGUUCCAGGGUGCAGGUUGACAGAGCCCUGAAGCUGAUUGGAGAGAAGUUUGCAGACCUGGACCUGACCAAUCAGAGUAAUGCUCUUGAUCCUGCCCUCACCCAGCCCACACUGGCCCCAAUAAGCUGGGUGGUGCUGCCAGAGGGUGUGGCCAUUGAGGUCAUCGUAGUGAAGGUGGUUUCUGCAGGUCACCUGUUCAUCCAGCAGCACACGCAUCCUUCCCAUCAUUCCUUGCGCAACCUCGAAGAGCGAAUGUACCUGUGCUACGCCCAGCGGGGGGUGCCAUACCUGCACCCCCACAUUCAGGCUGGGACCCUCUGUGCUGCCCCUGGGGUGGAGGGCUCCUGGAGGAGAGCACAGGUCUCUGCCCUUUGUGACGACCCCACCCAAGUGGAAGUCCGGUAUGUGGACUAUGGUGGCUACGAGAAGGUCAAGGUGGACACGCUUCGCCAGAUAAGGUCAGACUUCGUGGCCUUGCCGUUUCAAGGAGCGGAAGUGCUGCUGGAGAAUCUGGCCCCCCUACCAACAACAGACAGCUUCUCCACAGAGGCAGCCUUGUGGCUGGAGGAAAUUACGAGGGGGUUGACUCUUGUAGCACAGGUCACAAGGUACCACAGCAGUGGUCUUCCGCUGGUCCAGAUUUGGAAGAUUGGGAAUCAGCUGGUGUCUGUCAACCGAAUGUUGGCUGACGAAGGGUUCUGCUCCUGGGUGGAGAACGCCUAGCCUGUGGAUACCUCCAGGAUGUACCGAGGAGGUUCCCUGGACCACCACACCAGUGACGCCUGAUUUUCAGCUGCCCCCCCCCCCAGGAUUGUUCCUUAGGUGGUGCUGAACUUCUGAAUUCAGCUGUUGAGCAGAACAGCUUUUUUUUAUAGCCUGCUUGCAUAAAUAGUAAUGGGGUUUUAUAAUGAAGUAUUGACUCUCCUGCCCAGGGUCUAAAUGUGUCGGAUUAGAUUAUAUAAAUAAAGGUAUUUAAACCCUUGA